AUGAAAAUUUUUUCCCUCUUGCUCCUGUUGGUUCUCUACUUAUGUGAUUUGUGCUUAAGUAGAAUGUUUCGCUUAAACUUUAUUAAAAAUAAUACACCUAGAAUAAAAAAACAAAGUCAAGAUAAUAUAAGAAAUAUAAAAAGAGGAGUAGAAAAAUUAUUUAGUUCUAGCAAUAAGAAUAAGGAUUGUGAAGUAAAUACUUUUUAUGGGAUUAAAGAAAAAGGAUUUAAAACAGAUAGGGCUCCUCCUUAUUUACUUAAUUUUAAGAAUUGCAGAGAUAUUUUAGCAUAUACAAAUGAUAUAGAUAAAGAUUGUUUAUUACAAAUACAAAACUUGGCUAAAUUAGAUAUAAUAAAAGGACAUAUCACUAUAUUACCAGAUGUACAUUUAGGGAAAGGAAUAAUUAUAGGAUCUGUAUUUUUAACAAAAGAUUUUAUUAUCCCUAAUGGCGUUGGUGUAGAUAUUGGAUGUGGUGUUUUAUGUAUUAAAAUAAAUAAUUUAAAAAAAAAAGAUUUAAAUGAAAAAAUUAUAAAUAAUAUAUAUAAUAAAAUUAAGAGAAAUAUUCCUUUAAGUUUUGAUAUGCAUGAUCAAGGAGUGUUUGAUUCAAAGAAUAUUUUUUCUAGUUUAUUAAAUACAUAUGGUAGUCCAAAUAUUAAGGGUAUAAUACAACCUAAACAUUUUAAGCAGUUAGGUACAUUGGGUGGUGGGAAUCACUUUAUAGAAAUUGUCUAUGAUGCAUCUAAUGAUUGGGAUAAAAUAGAGAAAGAAGAAUUAAGUAUAAAAGAUGAGACAAAUAAUAUAAAUAUGAAAGAUAAUAUGUCCAACAAAAAUGAUGUAAUUCAAAAAAAUUGUGCAAUAAAUACUUCUAUUUUGCAUAAUAAAGAAAAAAGAAAUAACAUUUCUAAUAAUAAUUCUGUGGAUAAAAAAAAUGAAAUAUUAACAGAGUAUAAUUAUUCUAAUGUACAUAAUGAUAUUUCUUUAAAUAAUAAAAAUGAUGAUCUAUCAGAUGUUUAUAUUUUAAUCCACUCAGGUAGUCGAAAUAUAGGAAAAAGUGUUGCUGAAUUUUAUGAUAUACUAGCAAGUGAAGAAAGCAAAAUGAAAAGAAAUGAUUUAGCUUACUUAGAUUUAAAAAAAGAUAAUGGGAAAAAUUAUUUAAAAGACAUGAAAGUGUGUUUAGAAUAUGCAAAAUAUAAUAGAAUAUAUAUGAUGAAAAUAAUUGAAAAAAUUAUAUAUGAAGAAACUAAGUGUACUUUAAAUUGGGAUCAAUCUAUAAAUAUACAUCACAAUUUUUGUAAUUAUGAACAAGUUGUAUAUCUUGAUAAUAAUGAAAUAAAAAAGGAAUACAUGUAUGUGACAAGAAAAGGUGCUACAUCCUCGAAAAAAAAUCAAUAUGGUAUUAUUCCUGGAAAUAUGAAAACAGGUUCCUAUAUAGUAAAAGGUAAAGGAAAUGUUUUAUCAUAUAAUUCAUGUUCCCAUGGUUGUGGAAGAGUAUUAAGUAGAACAAAAGCAAAACAAUUUAUCAAACAACAAGAAUUUAUUGAUAUUAUGAAAGGAGUUAAAUGUGAUACAAAUAAUAAAAUUAGAGAUGAAGCACCUCAAGCUUAUAAAAACCUAAAUCAAGUUUUAAAAAAUCAGGAAUCAUUAAUAUAUCUAAUCAAAAAGUUAAAUCCAAUAAUUAAUAUAAAGGGCUUCUAA